GUGUUUCCGGGUUAGAUUAUUAUAUCCAUGCUUGUGAGACGGUGGAUCUUCACCACUAAAGGCAGAUCGCAGAAAAACACCCAGUAAAACCACCGCAAUCAUGUUCAAACUGGAAGGACUUGGGCCUAAGAUGGACCCAGAGGAGAUGAAGAAGAAAAUGCGGCAAGACGUCAUUUCUUCUUUACGAAACUUUCUCAUUUACGUCGCUCUGCUCAGAGCCACUCCAUAUGUGCUGAAGAAGCUGGACAGUAUAUGAGGGGAGCAGCUGGCGUCGUCUUUCCUUCAUCCACUGAGAGUUUACUCCAUCAGAGACAGUACGGACCAUCAUCAGCAGACAGCUGGAGCCACUUCAACACACGCUGUGGACGAAGACCCGCGUCUGUCCAUCUCUGUUUUCACUGUUAGUUCUGUUCCCUGCUGUGAACAUUAAAUCUGCCCUUUUUUGUUAAACAUAUUGUGAUCAUUGUUAUAUACAAAGUGUGAUCGUGUGCAUGCCCUCUGUGUCGUGCAAUAAAAGAAAUAAAUGUUGAA